CGUUGCCGUGCAUGGCAUGAAAAAGGGGCGACAGUGGCAUGCUCAUCCGUUGGUUGGCUCGACACAUCUACAGAGACAAGACGAACGUGUGCAACAUCAACUGCGCAGGCCGCACGUAGCCGGGCGAAUGAUUUGCAACCGGCAGCCGGGGAUCGCGUCCGCCGAUCCACCGCGCAUGCAUUGUCAACUGGUCUCCCCCUAACCACCACCACCACCACCACCCCGGCCCCUGCCCUGCCCUGCCAUAUAGGACGGACCGGCUCAAUCUUGUCUACAGUUGACACAGCUAGAUCAACAUCCAGAGAGGCCGGCCGGCAGCUAGCCUGGGAGGUGUUUUUUGCUUGAGUUCGCCGCCGUGUGUGUUUCUUGGAUCGAGGAUGUGGUGCUGCGCCGGCGAGAAGGAGGAGUACCACGGCGGCCCGCCGGCCGGCAACCUUGCCACGCCGCCCCCGCGAGCACCAGCGCAAGCGAGAGGGCCAAACGCGCCGAGGAACGGCGUGGGGCCGGCGAAGGUGCUGCCGAUCGAUGUCCCGUCGGUCACGUUGGCAGAGCUCAACCGCCUCACGAGCAACUUCGGCGCCCGAUCGCUAGUCGGAGAGGGCUCAUACGGCCGUGUGUAUCGCGCCAAGCUGACCACGGGGGAGACCGUGGCCGUCAAGAUGUUCGACAACAGCGGCUCCGGGCAGUCGGAGGCCGAGUUCUGCGCGCAAUUGUCGGUGGUAUCAAGGCUCAAGAGCGACCACUUCACGCAGCUGUUGGGCUACUGCCUGGAGCUCAACAACCGCAUCGUGCUCUACGAGUUCGCCACCAACGGCUCCCUCUACGACAUCCUGCAUGGCAAGAAGGGCGUGCAGGGCGCCGAACCCGGGCCGGCGCUCACGUGGAGCCAGCGCGCCCGGGUGGCCCUCGGCGCCGCCAGAGGGCUCGAGUACCUCCACGAGAAGGUGCAGCCGUCCGUGAUCCACCGCGACGUCCGUUCCAGCAACGUGCUCGUCUUCGACGGCCACGACGGCAAGAUCGCCGACUUUAACCUCACCAACCAGUCCGCAGACACCGCCGCGCGCCUCCACUCCACCAAGGUGCUCGGCACCUUCGGGUACCAUGCGCCCGAGUACGCCAUGACCGGCCAGCUCACGCACAAGAGCGACGUCUACAGCUUCGGGGUCGUCCUCCUCGAGCUCCUCACCGGCAGGAAGCCCGUCGACCACACCAUGCCCAAGGGCCAGCAGAGCCUCGUCACCUGGGCCACGCCGAGGCUGAGCGAGGACAAGGUGAAGCAAUGCAUCGACCCCAAGUUGAACAACGACUACCCACCAAAAGCAGUGGCCAAGCUCGCGGCGGUGGCGGCCUUGUGCGUGCAGUACGAAGCCGACUUCAGGCCCAACAUGACCAUUGUCGUCAAGGCUCUUCAGCCCCUUGUCGGUGCCCGUCCGGGAGGAGGAGAUCACUAGCUUAGAGAGAAACAUGUCACGUUAGUGCUUUUGUUGCGAAGUGCUUUUGUUUGUUGUCAUGUGGCUUCACAUCCUUUCUAGCUGCUUCAUGCAUUGUUGCGAAGUGCUUUUGUUUGUUGCCAUGUGGUUCGGAUAUGGUCUUUACAAAUGCAGCCCACUGAGGAUAUCAGCAAGAUAGGAUCCCAUAUUGUAGUCUCGGUCGUUGAUAGUGUAGUUGCACGGAGGUGAUUCCCCGUUGCAAAACCUCUUGAACACCAGGGAUCGUUGAAGCACGUUGAAGUCGUUGUGAGAACCCGGCAUUCCAAAGAAAGCAUGCCAAAUUCAUAAGUCAUGUGAUGCCACUGCUUCUAGUAUGAUGGUGGCCUCUCUGGUGUGACCUUGAUACAUUCCUCAUAAAUCUUUUGGGCAGUUCUUCCACUGUUAAUGCAUGCAAUCAAUUCAU